GGAAGUAUCGCCAUGCUGGGCUAAUGGCGCUGUCGGCCAUCGGUGAGGGUUGCCACCAGCAGAUGGAGGCCAUCCUCCAAGAGAUCGUCAGCUUUGUCCUCCUGUUCUGCUCCGACCCUCACCCAAGGGUGCGGUAUGCCGCCUGCAAUGCUAUUGGACAAAUGGCCACAGACUUUGCCCCCACCUUCCAAAAGAAAUUCCAUGAUAAGGUGAUCUCAGCCCUGCUGCAGACCAUGGAGGACCAGAGUAACCCUCGGGUGCAGGCCCAUGCCGCCGCCGCCCUCAUAAACUUUACAGAGGACUGUCCUAAAUCGCUGCUCAUCCUUUAUCUGGACAACUUGGUGCAGCACCUUCAUGUCAUCAUGGUUGCCAAGCUGCAGGAGCUGAUCCAGAAGGGCACGAAGCUGGUGCUGGAGCAGGUGGUGACUUCCAUCGCCUCAGUGGCCGACACCGCAGAGGAGAAGUUUGUGCCAUAUUACGACAUGUUCAUGCCCUCGCUCAAACACAUUGUAGAAAACGCCGUGCAGAAGGAGCUCCGGCUGCUGCGCGGCAAGACCAUAGAGUGCAUCAGUCUCAUCGGCCUGGCUGUCGGCAAGGAGAAGUUCAUGCCAGAUGCAUCAGCUGUCAUGCAGCUGCUCCUCAAGACCCAGACUGACUUCAACGAUCUGGAGGAUGAUGAUCCCCAGAUCUCCUACAUGAUCUCAGCCUGGGCGAGAAUGUGCAAGAUUCUGGGGAAGGAGUUCCAGCAGUAUCUGCCGGUGGUGAUGGGCCCCCUGAUGAAGACUGCCUCCAUCAAGCCUGAGGUGGCCCUGCUUGACACCCAGGACAUGGAGAACAUAUCAGAGGAUGAUGGCUGGGAGUUUGUCAACCUGGGAGACCAGCAGAGUUUUGGAAUCAAGACAGCUGGCCUGGAGGAG